AUGGAAGUAUCCCCUAGUACAUUAGAAUUUUCAGGUAGCUUUACCAAACAAACCACGGAAUAUUUAACUUUAUCCAACCCAACAGAUACCCCAUUGGCAUUUAAAGUGAAAACUACUGCACCAAAAUUGUAUUGUGUAAGACCAAAUGCUAGUAUCAUUAAUCCAGGUGAAUCUUUACCUGUUUCAGUAAUAUUACAAGGAUUUUCACAACCUUUACCUGCUGAUUAUAAAUGUAAAGAUAAAUUCUUAUUGGUUUCUUUACCAGCUCCAGAAUUAACUGAUCCAGCUACUGUAGGUGAAAAAUGGUCACUUUUAGAAGCUAAAUAUAAAUCUCAAUUAGUUUCUAAGAAAUUAAGAGUUAAUUAUCGUAUUGGAGCUGAUAAUCAACAACAAGACGAAAUAUUAGAAGAAAAAGAAAGAUUAUCACCAAAUAAUGUUAAUAGAACUUUUGAUGAAACUGUAUCAACUCCAAAUCAAUCAUUUGCUGCAAGAGAAGCAUCCCCAGUACGUUCAUCUGUUCCAGUUGUUACACCAAAACCAGCUCAACCAGCCCAAGAAGUUCCACAACCUGUUCAGCCCCAACCCCAACAACAACCGGCACAACAAGCUCCACAACAAAUCCCACAACGUGUUCAACCAAUUGCUACUUCGACUGGUCCCACCUCCCCUGUUGCCCCCUCUUCUGCAGCUCAAGCAUCACCCGAAUUACAACGUGAAUUGGAUGCUUUAGCAGAACAAGUCCGUUCAUUAUCUUAUAAAUUGGAUCAAAAUGAGAAAUAUGCCGGUGGUAAACGUGGUGGACAACAAGUUGCCGUUGAAGAACCAGUUAAUGGAAUCUCAUUACCUAUGGCUUUAGUUUUAGUUUUGAUUGCUUUCUUACUUGGAUGGUUAGUGUUUUAA